AUGAGCGACGUUGAGAGGACCGCGGACUACGACUCCCAGGAUGCCUCGCGCGCCUUUCCACGGGGGGGAGGGCGACUGAGUGCCGUUGGCGGCCGGAAGCGAGGGGCCGGGCGGCUGAGGGUGCGGUGGGCUGCCGGAAGCGGGAGAUCGUCCGGGCUAGAGUUGCAGAGUGGGGUCCGGCCGGCGGCUGUGCCCGGGACGGGUUUCCGCGACCGCGCCUCGGAGGGAACGGCGCGACAGGCCAACACUGAGGAGAUAGAGAUGGCCCCUCCGACUCCUUUCUUCCAAGGCAUGUCGAAGGUGGGUUUUGGUAAAGUGGAGGAGAAGGGGAGGAGGGCCCUCAUUCGGAGGAAAUCUGUUAUCAACAGAAGUGAGUCAGAUUUACAGCGAGCAUCAAAAACCAAGAAGAGACUGAAAGGCUCCAUUGAUGAUGUCCUUGAUGACCUCCUGGGAGAUGACAUGACACUACCUGAGAAGCCUGUUAAACUAGCUUCACAUGCCAGAGACACUACAGGUGUAUCUCAGGUGCUCCCUUCAUCAAAGGCUAGAACAAAGUCUCUCCUGGAAGAUGAUGUCUUCAGCACAAUGGCAGACCUGGCAGGAGCUAAUGCCGAGGUUUCAGACGUCUCUGAUGCAGACCCCCAGGCUUUGCUCCAGACCAUGAAGGGUCUGGAGGACAUGGAUGCUGAUCUCUUAGGUCUGAAGAAAUCUAAUCUAGUCUCUAGCAAAAAAGCUGCAAAGGGUCCUGGGAAAGAAGAGCUGCCUGGCAAUCCCAAACCUACUGACAAGUUAAUAGCCAACAAGAAAGGGGACACCAUUCCCAACAAGAAGCCACCUCCCUCUCCCAGCAGCUCCGGGCAUCAGAAUAGGAGGUUUUCCUUUGAAGACUUGGAAGACCCACUGGCAGGACUUCUCUCCUAUGAUGAGGAAGGAAUCGCUGAGAAGCCACUCAAAGCAGAGGGUAAAACAGCUUCUGACAAGAGUCCCGGCACAGUCAGAAAUCAAGGUCCUUCUAUUCCUCUAACACCUGGGGACACCCCUGUCCGAAAGAAAGAAGAAUUGCUGUUUGACAAUGAGGAUGACAUCAUGGCCACCCUGGGGUUUGGAGACAGCCCCAAAGCAGAGAGGAGGCAGAUGGGAGACCAGGAAGGGCCCCAUCCUGCUCGCUCUAAGCUGGAUGAACUGCUGGGUCGAGGCACUGCCACCAAACUCCCGGCCCACCCGGGCACAGGGGAGCACAGGGAGUUCAAGCGAGACCAGAAGUACCAGAGGCCACAGGACAACGAAGAUGACUGGGGCAACGAGGACUUCACCUUCGGGGCCUAUCAGCCCACCUUGGGCUCCUCUGAGGGCCGGCAGUCCCGCCGGCAAUCUGUCAGUAGGUUUUUAGCAGAAGGUGGCCCAGACCCCAAGGCAGAAGCCAGCUCCAAACAGAGCCCAACAGCAUCUUCCAGCCCCAUCCACCCCAAGAAGGGAGGAGCUGACUGGUUGGGCCUUAAGGAUGAUGACUUGGACCUGCUUCCUCCCUCGCCCACCAGAGAGGCCCGGAGAGGCUCAGCACUCUCCACACCUUCAGUACCUCCUCCUGCCAGCCAGCACUCUGCCCCAGGCCGGCACUCUGCCCCAGCUGGGCUGCCCUCCUCAGAGGUAAAGCCACCAACCAAGGGUGCAGGGUUCCUUGCCAAAGCCAGCCAGGCUUCAAAGCUGGGAGCAUCUGAGGAGAAAGAAGAGGAGGACUGGCUGAGCCAUGCCUUAUCUCAGAAGAAGUCCCAAGGCUUGACCAUAGAAGAGUGUGCUGGGACCUCUCAGGACCUGAACGUGGUGGGGACAGUGGGCCAUCCCCCUUCUGGCAGUCAGCCUGUUGCCAGCACUCCAGAGCUUAAGCAAGCAGUUGCUGGAGGAAUCUCAGGAACAACAGCUCAAGAAAUACCGUCUGCCAGGCCUGGCAUUUCAGGGUCUCCUGUGACUCGGAGCCUAGACACCUCAGCCCUCCCUGCAGGUGACCCAAAGAGGGGAACAGGCCCUGGAGACCUCUCCAGUACUGAGCCUGCCAUUCGUCUCCUGAGCCCCCAGGAACCCACGGGGCUUUCUGUGCCUGUCCAGUCCCCACUCCCAGAGUCCCCUGCACAGAGCCUGCUGCCAGGCACAGCAUAUCUGAAGCAGCUCCUGGCUGCACAGGUACAGCUUCAGAGCGGCACUACUGAGCUCCAGGCUGAACUGCUACAGAGCCAGACCCAGCUGGCAGAGCUAGAGAUCCAAGUGCAGAAGCUGGAGCUGGAGCGGGUCCAGCACAAGCUGCUGCUGAGGAGUUUGCAGGAGCAGCACCAGGCUGACCUGGAGCUCAUCGAGAGUGCACACAGAAGCCACGUCAAGAUGUUAGAAACAUCCUAUCAGCAACAAGAGGAGCGGCUCCGGAGAGAGAACAAGGUGCUGUCCGCUCGGUACCUGUCACACUGCCAGGAGGCUGAGCAGACCCGUGCAGGGCUCACAGCCCAGCACCAGCAGCGCUUGGCGGCCGCUGCACAGGAGAAGGACCAGGAGAUGGAGCGGCUCCGGGAGCUGCAGCGGGCGUCCAUCCUGGAGAUGCGCAAGGAUUACGAGGAGCAGCUGCAGCGGCUGAAGCUGCUAAAGGACCGAGAGGUCGACGCAGCCACCAGCGCCACCUCCCACACACGGUCCCUGAAUGGCAUCAUCGACCAGUUGGAGAAGUUCUCCAGCACACUGAACGAGCUGUCCUCCCGCGUGGAGGCCUCACACCUCACCACCUCCCAGGAGCGGCAGCUGGGCAUCCGGCAGCAUGAUGAGCAGCUGCGAGCACUGCAGGAGCGGCUGGGCCGGCAGCAGCGGGACAUGGAGGAGGAGCGGAGCCGGCUGCAGGAGAUCAUCACAAAGAUGGAGGCGCGGUUGAAUGAGCAGAGCCGGCAGCUGGAGGAGGAGCGCUGGCGGGUGACUGCGGAGCAGUCCAAGGUGGAGUCCACACAGCGUGCCCUAGAGGAGCAAAGGAAGGUCAUGGCCCAGCAGAUGGCCAUGGAGAGGGCCGAGCUGGAGAGGGCCAAGAGUGCCUUGCUGGAGGAGCAGAAGUCUGUCAUGCACAAGUGUGGAGAGGAGCGGCGGCGCCUGGCGGCCGAGUGGGCCGAGUUCUUUGCACAGCAGAAGCUGAGUAAGGAGCAGGCCGAGCGUGCAGCAGAGCGCGCACUGCAGGUGGACGCCCAGCGGGAGGGCACCCUCUUGACCCUGGUGCAGGAGCAGGCCGAGCUGAAGAUCAGGGCCAGCGAGCUCCGGGCCAAGGAGGAGCAGCUGGCAACUGAGAGGGAGGUCCUGGAGCGGGAGAGGCGGGAGCUGCGGCUGGAGAAGGAGGCGGUCAAUGCCACCGCCCAGCGCACCAGGCUCCAUGCCCAGGAGGUGGAGAGCAUGAGCAAGGUGGCUUCGGAGAAGUAUGAGGAAGGAGAGCGGGCACUGCGAAAGGCCCAGCAGCUGCAGGCACAGCAGCAGGCCCGGCUGCAGGCAGUGUGGCAGGAGCAGGAGCGGCUGCGGCAGCAGGAGCAGCACAUGCACCAGGAGCAUCUGAGUCUGGCCCAGCAGAGGCUGCAACUGGACCGUGUCCGACAGGACCUGCCCUCCAGCCUCGAAGGGAUGCUCUCCAGGGCCCAGGGCCCCGAAGCCUCCAGUCUGAGUGCCCCUGUGGCUUCUGCUCCCACCACCCCUUCGUGCAGCCAGCCGCUGUCCAGCCUGCGCCCCUCAUCCUUCCAUGCCAAGCUGGUGCUGCUGAAACACACAGCCGAGCAGGACCAUGACUUCUUGGAAAAUGAACAGUUCUUCCUGGAGACCCUGAAGAAAACAUCCUACAAUGUGACAUCCCAUUCAGCCUGAGAGGGGCCCGACCAUCUUCUUGACACCUUCUCCCCUGCUGCUGGCUGCCAACUCCUCCAAGGGGGUGCCCAGGGAAGACUCUGAGAUGCCCCUGACCUGGUUACAGCUCUUCUGUGAACAGGGUCGAUAGGAGCCUCCGACCUACCUAUCACAAGCGAGAUGUGCCAAAACUGCUGGGACAGCACCAGGAGCGGGGCGGGAGGAUUGGAAAUUUUCCCAUCAGAACCAAGGACAAAUCGACUCAACUAAUAAAAACACUAUUACUUCUAAA